GUGUUCAACUUAAAAAAUAAAUCAAAUAUUUUAUAAUUGUAACCACCAUUAUUAAUCAAUAUGUAACCUCCUAUCCAAAAUUUUCAGACCAUUUACAAUUAGUUGCGUUUUCCUCUUUUGUCAAUAUUGAGUCUAAAUUUUUUUUUUGUUUUGAACUGAAUUCAGCCCAAACUAUUUUUUAUGCUAUUUAAUAAUUUCAAUCUUUUAAUUGAUGAAUAUAACACGUUACUUCAUGUAAUUAAUUUACAUGUAAUUAAUUUAUGCAGUUACAUUAUUGACAUAUGAUUAAAAAACCACAAAUAUAAAAAUUAAAUUUGUUAAAAAAUUUAAAACAAAAAAUAUACAUGCCCUUUUAAGGGCGAUUCAGAAUCUAGUUUAUUUGUUAAAGUAAUAACUUAGAUAUACAAAUUUGAUAUCUAAUUAACCAUAUAAACACAGAUCAAGAUAUGUAUCUACAUGUAACAUGUUGAAAUAAUAGUAGAGUAUACGUACAAGCCUUUAAUAGUAAAAGUUUAUGCUUAAACUUUAAUUUUUGUGCUAAAGUUCCAUUAAAAGAACCUUUAUUUGGAAACCUUAUGAAGAUAACUAUUUUAGUCUCAAUUUCUAAAAUACAAUAAGAUUUUAUAUAUCUUGAGAUUUUUAAUGAUUGGAGGAUCCUAUAUGAAAGUUCACACUAAUCUUCUUCUUCUAAUGGAAAAAUUCCAAUUAUUCCUACAAUAUGCUUAAUGUGCUUAACAUUUUUUAAUAUCAGCGACUCAUAGUUCGCGCUAGAUCCUUUCCUCACAAAUAAAAAAAGGAGCCGCUGCUCCGGCGGUUGGGGACUCGCUACCGUCGGGAGCAGUCCUGCUCUGUCUCUGUUCAUAGUAUCGGUCUCUUUACUCUGGUUUUCAACAUUUUUGUUUGGUGACAUGUACAGAUCUGGUUUAGGUAAGAGGUUAUGCUUAGGUAAGAGUUAUGCUUAGUUGGUAGGGCUCAAGUGCCGGUGAAGUCUGGGGAUCUCAUCUUGUAUCGAACCUCUCAUGUUUCUACCUUUACAUAAGAUGUUGAGUUGGGUGAAGUUUGUUCUUUAGCGUUGAUGUGUUUUAGUUUUUGUUAGAACAGUGGUUCUUCAAUUAGAGAUCGAGUUUUGUAACCAUUCCCUCGUGUGCUUGGUUUGCUUCUUUGGAAUCAAAGCUGUUUCUGGUGCGUGGUGCAUGUUAUACCGGCUCUGAUGUGGGUGUGUAAUUCUUCCAUCGAUUCUGGUGUAGCGGCUCUCAGGCGACUCAUUAGUGGUCUAUCAGGCUUGUAUCUCCGUCUAUGUUCCACUUUUGGUGUCUAGUAGUUUCUCGUAUCUCCAGUUAUUAAUUUGUGUUUGCGUGUAGGAGAGUUGAAGGUCUUUUGCAUGAUGGUGUCUGUUUGGUAUGAUAGCUUGCUGAGAAUGUCAACUUUCUUGGGUCACCGGUUGGAGUUCCUCUGCUAUGGUCUUUGGUUUGCUUCUUCUUCUUAGAGACGUUUGAGUUCUGCUGUAUUGUGGGCUUCUACUGUGGUUUUUGGUUUGCUUUUUUUUUUCUUAUAGACGUUUGGGUUAUGCUGUAUUGUGGUUCCAUACCCGAUUGGGACUGCUGAAGCCACUAGGCCACUGAGCCAUUGGGAAAAUUGAGUCAUUUUGGCCCAUCAUUAAAUGCAGAGUCAAACAUUCUUUCAACAUGUUUGGGUCACUCUAGUUCCUUGUCGUAUUCGUUGUGGCCAUACGACUGACACACGGCGAGGAUAAGAUACAAUAGAGGUCGUCGCCAACAUGAACCUGGACCCCUCUGAGUCACAAUACGCGGAUUCUAUAACAUCUUUGACUUUCAUUUUUCUCUACAACUCAAUUUAUCCUAAUUUAAAACAUGUUACCUUACAAGACGCGGAUUCUAUAUUUUAUAAUGUGCUACAAACUUGCACACAAAAGCGGAAACAAUAUUUUCACGUUAUACCAAUUUCACCUAACACAUUUUUUAAUCUAAACUGAUGUAUAAUCUAACAUUCAAUCUAAUGCUGCAACUGAGAGCCCAAACACAAACACUAUGGAUUUUUAAACGUGUAAUCAAACAUAAUCUUUAAAUGUUUUAGCUCUUAUAACUGAAUGAUUUGUUUUUGUUAUACUAUAUUUGAAUAGUUAAUCGUUUUAUCCAAAGUAAAACCAUUACGUACAAAUGAAUGUUGUGAAUUGUAUAACACAUAGUAGAACCAUGUUUAGGAUGUGGAAACAGUGGACAAAUCACUAUCGGCUAUAUAUUUUUCUUCCACUACGGUAUUUCGAUCGUGAAUGCAAAAUAUAGAUUUAUGAAUCGAGGGACUGAAAUUAGGGUUGGGACUAAUCCUUCGGUAAUAACGAAAUGGUCUAUUUAUUGGUGAUUUUCCGAGAGAGAGAAUGGAUUGAAAUGUUAAUAACAUUUCUAGAAUAGUAUUGAAUGUAUAUAAUAUUUCUAGGGUUUGCAUUGAAGAAGAUAAUCCCUUUUAUGACGACCUUCAUAUCCUCUUCAUAGCAUCUUAUUACCUCUUAGAGUGUCACUCAUAUUCUAAUAUUUAGAAAAUUAAAUCACAAAUUAAUAGAUAUUUGGUAAGGAUUUGAAAUUUUUGAGGCUCAGAGAUGAUGGACUUUUGAGGAGACGGUCGAAUUCCUGUAUAAAAUCCAGCACCAACAUGAAUGGCCCUUUAAAAAUAUCACAUUUGUAAUGUUAAACAUCCGGCUCUAUCAACAACUGAAAGAAUACGUGUUAUAGUUCAUCAAUCCUUUUACGUGUGGCGUAUAAUUCUUUUUGGGAAACUAGUCAGUAGGGCGUGUAAGUAUAACCAGUGUAUCUGCCUUGUAUUCUUGUGGUGGGAAUAUCGUUUCUUGUUUUCUCGGUGAGAGAUUGAUUUUUUAUUUUAAAAAUUUAACAUGUAGUAGUUUCAUCUCUGUGGGAAAAAAGCAGUACACUAUAGACCAAGAAAAUUCAAACUCGUUCGUUGAAUCAAACACUCAAAAAUUAUACUAAAUUUCGUAGCAACUCCUAAAUUACACUAGGACUUUAUGGAGUACACACAUCUACAUAUGUGAACUAAUAACAUCAUUUUAUAAUAAAGUCAAAAAUAAAAAAAUGACGUUUAUUAAAAAAUGAUUUCAAAAUUAACUAAAGUAUUUAAAAUAGCCAUUUACAUAAUCUGAUACAACUUAUAUACUUCGUCUGUUUCAUAUUGUAGGUAAUUUUAGUUAAAAGCAUUAAUAUUAAAAAAUUGUUGCUUUUGUAAAAAAAUAUUAUUUAAUCAAUAAAUUCAACCUAUUAUAAAAAAUUAGCAUUAUUUGAUUAGUUACACAAUAUUUAAUAAAGAAAAAAUAUGCAUUGAAAUAUGAAAAUUAUUUAUAUUGUGAAAUAAACAUUUUUUGCUAAAACUAUUUAUAAUAUAAAACGGAAGGAGUAUGUAACAAUAUAACGUCUGGUUGUGUCCAUCAAAUAUAAGUUGGGUCAAUCAUAUUGGAAGUUGUGAAAGCUAACUUUUAUUUGAAUCUGAGCAUAAUCUUAUUCCGAAAAUUUUUGUUGUUUUGCUUGACGUAAUUUUACAGAAGAAAAAGGUCGACCAAAGAAAUCCCGAAAAGCAUCCCUAGGUUACGGUCCAAACUGAAACUAAGACGUGGAACAUUACAGAUGUGUAGUGAUUAUACCCUUGACUGCUAAGUGCUAAUUCAUAUACACAGUGGAAAACAUGAAGUUUCGACUUAAUUUAACAAUAAAGUUAAACUGGCAUUUUCGUGCUUAAAAUAAUCAAAUCAAGACAUGCGUUUAGAAAUGUAAGAGAAGGAAAAGAAAAAAAAAAUCUAUAUAUAUAAGAGAAGAAAACUCAGACAUAUCCAUAUGAUAGAUUUAAUUUGGUAGUCAAUAUUUACCAUUGAAAAGUAAUAGUUUAUGAGUUUAGGUAUGUAUCAUUAAUGCUGUUAAACGUUAUACCAAGACGUGCAAAUAUGUCCUUUUGAGUUUUGACUUAGUCCAAAUGUAGCCUUUGUUUAUCUUUGAUUUUUUUCUUUGUAAAGUUUCCCUUUGUUUUGGGCUUUCUCACCGGAAAAUUUUAGUUUUUGCCGGAUUUGUCUCCAGGGUUAUGUUUUAUACCACCGGCUUCGUGUAUCAAAAACGUAUCCCACCCUUGUAUCUUUGAAGUUAAUCUAAUCUUAGUAAACAAAAAAGAGUUUUGACUUAGUCGUGGUUACUAUGAAUACGAACCUGUCUAUCCAAAAUCACAACUACUAUAAGUACCAUGUCAACUAAAAUUUUAAUAACCAUUAAACCAUCCGGUCGUACAUAACUAUUAUCUAGACUUAUGUCAAAAAAAAACUAUUAUCUAGACUUAUUUAACAAAAAAAAAACAUAUCUAGACUUCGCACUCACAUCAGCUGGAGUUUGUUUCCAAGGAAUCUAAUAAAACUGGAAAACAAAGUAGAGUAAAAUGGCUGCAAAAUAUGUAAAAAAGAAAAACCAAUCAUACACUUCAUCAUACAUUUUUUUUUCUCCUUUUGUAAAAGUGGAUUCGUCAAAUAGUAUUCUAGAUAAAUAAAUAAAAUUGAAACAUAUAUUUAUUUUGUGUUAACUAUGAAGAGUUUGAGCCGAUUUAAUUUCCCAGAUCUGGAACUUGCGUACGUUAAUAGAUAUAGAGACAUGGUAUAUUCACUUUUUCAUUAAAUUUCAAAUUAGGAAUAUCAAUACAUACGUUUAAACGUAAUUUUCAUCAUUUCAUGUGUUCAUUUUUAAAUUUAUUCUCAACAUUUUUAAAAUGAAACUCGUUAGAAUAAAAGUACAAAGAGGUAAAAAGAUAAAAAUACAUUUUACCAACUAUUAUUAUUAUUUUUCUCUCAGCGGAUCACAUUCUUGCAACUAUUCAAAUUAGACAAAAAUACAUUGUUCUCCAACUUUUCUUUGGACAUAAAUUUCCAACAAAUUAGCAAGAAGAAAAAAUUGACAUACAAUUGCAACUAGUGUAGGUAUUACAGUUAAGCAACGGUACAUAUUAGGCAACUAAACUGGACUCAGACACUUUCCUGACUCUCUUAUCACUUUGUAUUUCCUACCGACCCAAUAAUAACAUUUUAAAUUAUUUCCCUAAUUAAAAUCUCUAUUAUUGUCAGUUUUUUUUAUUAUUAUGAAUUUAUGAGGCACAGGCGCAUACCGAAGCUUUAUUUGACCGACAUGCUGCCGAAAUCUAAGAAAGAAAAUACAAAAAAUCUCGGCCCUAUAUAUAGACGCAAACGCAAAGUAGAAAUCUCAUCAAACAACAGCUGUUCAUAUCAUAUCCCACAAAAACACAAAAAAGCAGCUGCGAGUUUGAUCAAUAUAUAUAAUCUCUCGUACUUCCAGAAACCAAAAGCUAAGCGUUAUGGGCUCCAUGAAUGGUUCAAAGAAUGAUGAGUACGUAAGGCUGUUAGGAGCAUGGCCUAGCCCUUUCGUGCUGAGGACUCGGAUCGCACUUAACCUAAAGCGUGUAGCGUACGAGUAUCUCGAAGAAGAAGAUACUUUGAAUUCGGAGAGCGUGUUAAACUAUAACCCCGUCCAUAAACAGAUCCCUAUCCUCAUCCAUGGCAAUAAACCAAUCCGUGAAUCUCUCAACAUCGUCAUGUACGUUGAUGAAACUUGGCUCUCAGGUCCUCCCAUACUUCCCUCUGAUCCCUUUGAUCGUGCCGUAGCUCGCUUUUGGGACGUCUACAUCGAUGAACACUGUUUUACAUCAAUCAAUGGAGUGGCAGUAGCAAAAGACGAGGAUGAAAGAAAGGCGGCGAUAGCAAAGCUAGAGCAAUGUAUGGCUCUAUUGGAAGAAACGUUUCAAGAAUGCAGCAAAGGGAGAGGCUUCUUUGGAGGAGAAAACAUUGGAUUCAUCGAUAUCGGUUUCGGAUCAAUGUUGGGUCCUCUCAAGGUUCUAGAGAAAUUUACCGGGUUCAAGUUCAUACAUCCAGAGAACACACCAGGUCUUUUCCACUGGGCAGACAGAUUCUACGCCCAUGAAGCAGUCAAGCCUGUGAUGCCCGAUAUUGAAAAGCUGGUCGAGUUUGCCAGGCUUAAGUUCAAUACUUCAAUAUUUAAAUGAGGACCAAAGAAGAAGACCAAAGGUUAUAAUUUAUGUUUAAAAUAAAUAGACGACGUACAAAUUACCAUAUGUAUCGAAUAAUCGAGAUCGAGGAAUAAAGAUGUUAGACUCGAUUAAUUGAAAGGCACAGUCAAAAAGUUCUUUUGUUGAUUUUCUUUUUUAGGUUGAACUUUUGUAUGAUGUAUAAUAUGAGAAAACGUAAAUAUUUUAUAUCUAAAGCUAA